CUGCCCACCCGCAGCCCCGCGCAGGCCCCGGGCGGCCGGGCGUGGGAAGGGGAGUCGGCGGCGCCCGGGACCCCCGGUGCGGGCUCCCCCCGCCGGGCUCCCAUUGGCCGCGGGGCGGGACGUGCCGCCCCGCUCCCGGCCCUAUAUUAGGGCAAUAUUGCCCCGGCGGGGCGCGGCGCUGCCCCGCGGGCCAUGGAUCUGGGGUACUUUCCCCUCGCUUUCCCGUCGGGGCUGUGCCGCGGGGCCCCCCAGACCCCCUACCCCCGGCGGGGGGACGGCGCCUUCCUGGCGCUGGGCACCGGCGCCAGCGCCGCGCCCCCCCCGCCGCCUGCCUGCGCGGGGGCGGCGGGGUACGCGGCCGCUCCCCCCGCGGCGCCGGGCCCCGGCUACCGGCCGUCCCGCGGAGCCGGGCCGCCGGGCUACGCCACGUCCAUUUUCCCCGGGAGCGGCCGCCCGCCGCCGCCGCCGGAGCCCGGCCGCCCCUGCCCCGGCGCGGGCGGCGGGGGGCUGCGCCCGGCGGCGGCCCCGGCGGCGCCCCGCACCUUCGAGUGGAUGCGAGCGAAGCGGAGCCCGCUCGGGAGAAGCGGCGCGGCGCCGUGCGGGGGGCAGCCUCCCGCCUGCCCCGCACGCACCAGCUUCAGCACCCGGCAGCUCACGGAGCUGGAGAAGGAGUUUCAUUUCAGCCGGUACCUGUCGCGGGCCCGCCGCCUCGAGGUGGCCCGCUCGCUGCGCCUCCGCGACGCCCAGGUGAAGGUCUGGUUCCAGAACCGCCGCAUGAAGCAGAAGAAGCGGGAGCGGGAGGCGCUGGCCGCCCCCGCCGCCGCGCCCACGGGUGCCCCGGGCGGCCCCGCAUGAGGCCCCGCCGCCCCCCACGGAGGGGUCUGCCGGGGACGUCGGGGCUC